CUUCUUCUUCCUUUUUUUUUUAUUGCACUACCACUGUACUUUUAUUUUAUUUUCAAGACAUGCUCUGUAAUCUGACUCGUAACCAGGCCAAGUCGGUCGUCAAGAAGGCUAUCCAAGCUCGUCGCAACAACUCCAAUCUUGCUGUCGAGAACCUCGAGACCCGCUGGAAGACUUUCUCCGCUGCCGAGCAGAACACUGUGGCCAAGCAGCUCGAGACAGCCCAGAAGCAGGACUGGAAGAUCCUUUCUACUGACGACAAGAAGGCUGCUUAUUACAUUGCCUUUGGUGCUCACGGUCCCCGCGCACCCAUUACUGAGCCUGGACACGGUAUCAAGGUUUUCAGCGGUGUCGUAGGUGCUCUUGUUGUAUCUGCUGCUUUCAGUUACGCUGUAUCCCAGAAGGGUCAAGAAACUCCCAAGACUAUGACCAAGGAAUGGCAGGAGGCUACCAACGAGUAUCUCAAGAGCCAGAACUCCAACCCUAUCUCUGGUAUUUCUUCCGAAGGAUUCAAGGGCAAGGGCUAUGUCAUGGAUUAAAGAAAUACAUAAAAUAUAUAUGACACCAAUCGACCUAAAAAAAAACCCCCAAAAAAAAGGAGAGAGAAGCCAAAAAAAAAAAACCAAGUAGAUCAUUGUAAUUAUCAUUAUUAUUUUUGCAAUGAAAGAUUCGUAUAAUUGAUUUUUUUUUUAAAAAAAAAACCACCCUCCAACUAACGAACCCUCUUUGGAUUUAAAGGUUUUUUUUUUGUUUAUUUUUGUUUAUUUUUUAAUAAAAAUAAAAUAAAUAUAUAUAAAAAAA